CUAGUUCAUAUAACUCAACAUUAACAAGUGUCUGGGAGGUUGUGCAGUGGUGCUGAGUAAAUUAUUAAAAAUACAGAAAAAGCUUUACAAAUAAUUCCCCUCCGACAAAUAUGAAAGUUUUUUUGGUUGCUGUUGGUGUUCUUGUCGUUGUGGCUACCUCGAGUGCCAUUGAGGUGUCCAGCCAGUUCCACAAGCAGGAUGGGUACGGUGGGUAUGCGUACGGAUACCACGAGCCCAAUUCCAAGAAGCACGAACACCGCAGCCACGAUGGGCACCUCCAGGGAGAAUAUUCCUACAUCGAUGGACACGGUGAGAUUCAGCAUGUGAAGUACGUUGCUGGACCCCAUACUGGUUUCAAUGUGGUUGCUGCAUCAAAUCUCCCCAAGGGUCCUGAUGCUGCUGCUGCUGUGCCCGUACCACAUCACGUUGGGUUCUCCUAUGGCCAUCCCUAUCCUCUUGCCCAUAUUGUUAUUGGCAAGGAUGGUGUGCCCAUUGAUACGCCUGAGGUGCAGCUUGCUCGCAAGAAGCAUCUGCAUGCCCUUGCGGAAGCUAAGGCAGCCACAGGUGGAGGAUUUGGUGGGGAUUUCUACUAAAGAAAUUCCAAAAAUCCCUCUAAUGACCUCUGAUCCCAAUGUGACCACUGAGGAAGGCCCCUUAAAAUUUAUCCUUUUCCCUUUUCUUGUCCUUGGCCAUUUAAAGUCUGAUUAAGUUUGUUUCUAGAUGUUUUAGCCACAAUUUAAAAUUUAAAAUAAAAUUUAUUCUUGUCUCAUUAAUCCAAGAUCUAUCGUAUUAAAAUUUCAAAGGAUUUUUUUUUUGCUUAUUAAUAUUUAAUAUUUUUAUGUAAAUAAUUAAAUAUUGAAAUUCAUGUAUUUCACUAAAGAAUGCAUAAAAAAUCCAACCAACAUACCGACAUAAAUUACCUGAAAAUUGCAUAUAAUAUGAAAAAAAAAUUCUCCUCAUAAAUGUUAUGUAAUAAUCAGGUUAAUAUUUAUUAAGUUUAUUCAAGCAUGAAAAAAAUACAAACUAAUCAGGCCAAUAAUAAACCUCCAGCCACAAAAUUCCCCAACACAGACGACUUCCUAUUUUUCUCCAUUUUCCACCUUACCCGGAAUUAGUGAGAUUACUUUAAAUUCCGGGCAUCUCCAUCCAAUCCCCCCAUCAAUUACAGGGGGAAAAACAUCUCAAUUAAUGCAACUCUAAAGAAAUGUGAAAAAAAAACUCCCACAAAAAUCACCCACCUGCUGACCUCGUGGCCCAUUCAUUGGAUUGAAAGUGAUAUCUCAAUGUAGAGAGAAGUAUUAUAUUGAAAAACGGCAGUGAGAAGUAAAAAUCUACUGCUU